UGAAGUUCAACGUUCUUUAAGAAAGUGAAAGCGUUUCCUAAAGUCGCCGCCCAGUUUGUAACGGGAAUGGAAAGAAAAUAAAAUAAAGCAUCAUUAAAGUGUCGUUACUCUGACCUUACCAAUGACUUCUAAUUAAAAAGAUUCUCAUGUUGUUUUAUGAAGACGAACUUCAAUAACCUUCAUCGAGCUUCACAAGAUCACCACUGGUGACGACUGUGACCGGUUUACUCAAACCAAGUUCACUUUAAAUUACAGAAAGGAAUUAAUAAUAAAUAAAUUCCCCUUGGUAGUUUUUACCCAAUCACAGAGUGACAGCAGAAGAGAUCAGACACUUCAUUUGUAUCUUUGCAUACUUAAUAUAAUAAUAUGCAAAAAUGGAGACUUCUCAUCUGGACACAGACAACGGCAUCCCAGCAGCUAAAUAUAGGAAACUCCCGAUAAAAAGAUCAGACUCACCGACCCCCAGCUGUGCCAGGAGUGAUGUGUCCAUGGAGAAACCUUUUAAUUUCAAAGGUCAAGUCUUCCCACCUGUACACAGUGUUCAGGUGAAGAAUUUUUUUAAAUCUGAAGACAGAACGGAAACGAGCAUCACCACAGACCCAGGGCACGAACCAGAAAAUGCUGUCACUGAAUUCCAGAAAACCUUCAAGUUAAAUCUGAAGAAGAAGUUUCAGUGUUUGAAUGGAGUGAUAAUAAACCCAACAGCCCCAACACUCCUGAAUGAGAUCUACACAGAGCUCUACAUCACAGAAGGAGACAGUGGAGAUGUCAAUAAUGAACAUGAGGUGAGACAGAUCGAAGCAGCAUCCAGGAGAACAACAACAGAGGAAACACCAAUCAGAUGCAAUGACAUCUUUAAGCUUUUACCUGAACAAGACGAACCAAUCAGAACUGUGCUGACGAAAGGAGUCGCUGGCAUCGGAAAAACAGUCUCUGUGCAGAAGUUCAUUCUGGACUGGGCUGAAGGAGAAGUAAAUCAGGACGUCCACCUCAUAUUUCCACUUCCUUUCAGAGAGCUGAACUUGAUGAAGGACCUGAAACUGAGUCUGAUGGAGCUCCUUCGUGUCUUUUUUAAGGAAACCAAAGAAACAGAAAUGUCCAGUUUGGAGAAGGUUCUGUUCAUUUUUGACGGAUUGGACGAGUGUCGUUUUCCUCUAGAUUUCCAGAACACAGUGAGAGUGUGUGAUGUAACUGAAUCAGCAUCAGUGCCUGUGCUGCUGAUAAACCUGAUCAAAGGGAAUCUGCUUCCCUCUGCUCUCAUCUGGAUCACCUCCAGACCUGCAGCAGCUGAUCAAAUCCCCUCUGAGUGGUUUAAUCGAGUCACAGAGAUACGAGGGUUCAAUGACCCACAGAAGGAGGAGUACUUCAGGAAGAGGAUCAGUGAUCAGAGCCUGGCCAAUAAUAUCAUCACACACCUGAAGUCAUUAAGAAGCCUCUACAUCAUGUGUCACAUACCAGUCUUCUGCUGGAUUUCAGCCACUGUUCUAGAGAGAAUGUUGGGUGAAGCAGAGAGUGGAGAGAUCCCCAAGACUCUGACUCAAAUGUACACACACUUCCUCAUCAUUCAGACAAACAUCAUAAGAGAAAAAUUCCCAAAGAAGCAGGAGAGUGAUGAAGAAAUGCUUCUUAAACUGGGACAACUGGCUUUUCAGCAGCUGAGGAAAGGGAACCUGAUCUUCUAUGAUGAAGACCUGAGAGAGUGUGGUAUUGAUGUGACAGAAGCAGCAGUGUACUCAGGUGUGUGUACUCAGAUCUUCAGAGAGGAGUUUGGGCUUCACCACAGUAAAGUGUACUGCUUUGUUCAUCUGAGUGUUCAGGAGCAUCUCGCAGCUCUGUAUGUGCACCUGACCUUCAUGAAAGAGAAGAGAAAUGUUCUUAAAGAGACUGAAGAUCUGGAGAUGAAAGAAAUUAAAGCCUUAGAUGAUGUCCACAAGAGUGCAAUAGAUCAGGCUGUAAAAAGUGAAACUGGACAUCUGGACCUUUUCCUUCGCUUCCUUCUGGGUCUCUCACUGGAGUCCAAUCAGAAACUCUUACAUCACCUAGUAACAAAUACAGGAAGUAACUCCCACAGAAAAGAGGAAACAGUUCAGUAUGUUAAGAAGAUGAUAAGUAGAGACCUUCCGACAGAGAAAUCCAUCAAUCUGUUCCACUGUCUGAAUGAACUGAGUGAUAAUUCCCUAGUGGAGGAAAUCCAACACUACCUGAAAUCUGGAAGACAAAGUAAACUGUCUCCUUCACAGUGGUCUGCUCUGGUGUUUGUGUUACUGACCUCAGAACAGGAGCAAGAGGAAUUUGACCUGAGUAAAUAUACCACCACAGAUGAUAUAUCAGAUUGGGUUCUUGUGAAGGUCAUGCCUGUGGUUGCAGCAUCCAGAAAAGCAUUUAUCAGAUGCGGAACAAUUAAAGGGAAAAGUUGGAAUGCUCUGGACUCAGUGCUCCGCUCAGAAACCUCCAAGCUAAGAGAACUGCAUCUGAGUGUGAGUACAAUAUAUCUGUCUCAGAAUAAAGUGGGAAACUCAGGAUUAAAGCGUCUAUCUGCCAUACUGGAGGAUCCUCACUGUGAAGUGGAGGCUCUGAGGUUGCAGCUUUGUGGUGUCUCAGAUGAUGGCUGUGCUGCUCUGGCUUCAGCUCUGAGAUCAAACCCCUCACACCUGAGAGAACUGGAUCUGUCUAAUAACAAUCUUGGAGACGCAGGAGUGAAGAGUCUCUCUGCUCUUCUGGAGAAUCCUCACUGUAAACUGGAGAUACUGGGGUUGUGUGAUUGUGGUGUCUCAGACGAAGGCUGUGCUGCUCUGACUUCAGCUCUGAGGUCAAACCCCUCACACCUGAGAGAAUUGCAUCUGUCCAGGAAUAAUGUAGGAGACUCAGGAGUGAAGAGUCUCUCUGCUGUACUGGAGAAUCCUCACUGUAAACUGGAGACACUGAGUGUGUUGUUUCUCUGCAGGUUGCAGCGUUGUGGUGUCUCAGAUGUAGGCUGUGCUGCUCUGGCUUCAGCUCUCAGAUCAAACCCCUCACACCUGAGAGAACUGAAUCUGUCUCAGAAUAAACUCAGAGACUCAGGAGUGAAGAGUGUCUCUGCUCUUCUGGAGAAUCCUCACUGUAAACUGGAGAUACUGAGGUUGUUUAACUGUGACAUCGCAGACGAAGGCUGUGCUGCUCUGGCUUCAGCUCUGAGAUCAAACCCCUCACACCUGAGAGAACUGCAUCUGUCUGAGAAUAAAUUCAAAGACUCAGGAGUGAAGUGUCUGUGUGCUGGAUUGGAGAAUCCUCUCUGUCAGCUGGAGACACUGAGGUUAUGUGGUUGCGGUGUCUCGGAUGAAGGCUGCGCUUUUCUGACGUCAGCUCUGAGCUCAAACCCCUUACACCUGAGAGAACUGGAGCUGCAGGGGAAUCAAGUUGGAGACUCAGGAAAGAAUCGGCUGUCUGCUCUUCAGGAUGAUGAACGUUACAUGCUGCAGGACCUGACUUGGUGAUGAACAUCUGUGUCUGAAGACUCCUGUGCUCCUGAAUUUCAAUGCUGAAGAACAGAGAACACGUUUAUACCCACGUUUGUCACUUAGUUCACUUUAAAUACACGGAGAUUUGUUCACUUUAUAUAGGCUGAGGCACGGAGAAAGAGUUUUAUACGUUUUUUUAUUUAUAUUUUUAAAGAUAAUACUACAAAAAAAAGUGUCAGUUUAUUUGAUAAGUCUUAUAGUUUACUGUGGAAUAAAUACUAAAUAAUCUACAACAGUGUUAUGUGAUGUGAUGUGAAGAGGAUUUGAUGUUACCAUUAAAAUGUUAUAAAGUGUUAUACCUGUCUUGUAUGAACAUGCCAAUAAUUAGAUUUUUAAACAAACGAUUAUUAAAAUGAUACUUUUUUAAAUACUUACGUUAAAGUAUAAACCCCUUUUAUAUCUACAUUUUUACUUAUGCUUACAUUAAUUAAAGGCUUUGAAACAA